UCUAGAGGUGCCACUGGGUAAAGGAGGAACGAUCGAGACACCAAGGCUAAUCCUGGUGACUGACUUGUUUGGGAUAUCUAGGCUACGUUUUUUUUCUUCUUCUUCUAAGUGAAACAAGUGUUCCAUCCAUACAUCACAACAAGACUACUGUAUUUUCGCCUUAUUGACAGACUAUAAAUCUCUUCAACAAUGGGCAAAGGACUGUACACAAUGAAAGAAAGGGACAAAGAUCCACUACUCUUGGAUAUCUUACAUGAACUGUUGCAAGUCUAAGUGAGAUCAAGCCCUACCGUAGAUACUCAUCAGCCUGGUGAACUACAGCAUUUGUUGGUUAGAUUCGUGAUAAUGAAGACCACUUACGCUAAUUUACGAAUUAAUAUUCUUGGUGCCAAGGGAGUCGGUAAAUCAGCCAUCACAGUGAGGUACCUGACAAAAAGGUUUAUCGGAGAAUACAGCUCUGGUCUCGACAUCAGUUACCAGACGACGGUAACACACGGCGACCUGCCCAUUAAAGUCGACAUUCUGGAUGUUUCCAGUCAGGACGAGUGCCAGGCGUCAUGUCACGACCUUUACGACGCCGACGGCUUUGUCGUCGUGUACAGCGUCACUGACACGGAGAGUUUCAAGGUCGCGCAGAAGGAAGUGCAGACGAUUAGGUCAAGGACACCCCCGCACACGCCGAUCCUACUGCUGGGGAACAAGCUUGACCUUGACCACGCCAGAAAGGUGUGUAAGGACGACGUCUGCCAACUAAAGUCAAGCUACGAUUGUCUACACACGGAGGUCUCGGCGGCCGAGAGUCACGUGAUGGUGGUCAGCCAACUGCAGGCCCUGAUGGUGCAGACGUUGAGCGCCCUCUGCCAGAAGGGACGCCCCAUCAAGCGGCGCAAAAGUCUGUUUGAAAACAUGUCUAAAAAACUCGGCAGCGUGUUCCGCAGACGGAGCUUAGAGGACACGCCACACACCAAGAAGAAAUUGAUGCGGGUCUCACAUCACCAUAUAAAUAGGAGGUCUGUGUGAGAACCAUUGGAGGAGGCCUGUUUGAGAACUUUUGGAGGUUGUUAAAUGACGGAACUGUGCACAUGUGUAAUAGAACACAUUUCGUGUGGAAAUAGAUAUUUGAUUCCGUCUGUACUUGUAGAAACGUGUCAUGUGGAAUUAGACAUUUGAUUUUGUCUCAUGGAAGUUUGCACAGAAAAAAAGUGAUUUUAUUAACCGUUUUUAUUUCACUGGAGGGUUUUAUUAAACCAGUAGUUGUCUGAACUGAACGUGAACGAAUUAACCCCUUUGUUUCUAGACUUGGUUUUGUAACCAACCCAUCUAGUUUCUGGACAGAAAUCGAUUGUUUGAAUGAACCUUGCCAGGUUUUAAUCAACCUUUGAAUCGUGUGGAUGUUGUGGACACGCCUUCCCAUACAACACAUUUUCAUAAACUUUUAACAGGAUAGACAUUUUCUAGACUCUAAUUAAGAUCGGAUUUUUACAACCGCGAACAACCCGAGAAUUUACCCUGCAAAAUAUGGCUCUCUGUGUAAAAAAAUUUGGCAUGUGGAGAGUUCAACCACGUGAUAUGUGACUUGAACUAAAAGAGCUUCCGGUUUACAGGAUUUUAUCGCAUUCUUUCUUUACGGACAUCACCGGCUCCCAUUAGCCAGGCAGACUACUGGCAGAUCACUACUGUCCUUUGGUUCUCACCAGGCUUAACGUCCACCCCACUGAGCGCAUGGUUAACUCAUUGUCUGCCAUCCACUGUGUCCUAGCUAACUAAAUGUGGACAGAUGACCACUCGAGUGACCACAGCUACACCAUCAGAAAACAUGAGUGACCACAGCUACACCAUCAGAAAACAUGAGUGACCACAGCUACAUUAUCAGAAAACAUGAGUGACCACAGCUACAUUAUCAGAAAACAUGAGUGACCACAGCUAACCAUCAGAAAACAUGAGUGACCACAGCUACACCAUCAGAAAACAUGAGUGACCACAACUACACCAUCAGAAAACAUGAGUGACCACAGCUACACCAUCAGAAAACAUGAGUGACCACAACUACACCAUCAACAUGAGUGACCACAGCUACACCAUCAGAAAACAUGAGUGACCACAGCUACAUUAUCAGAAAACAUGAGUGACCACAGCUACAUCAUCAACAUGAGUGACCACAGCUACAUCAUCAGAAAACAUGAGUGACCACAGCUACAUCAUCAACAUGAGUGACCACAGCUACACCAUCAGAAAACAUGAGUGACCACAACUACACCAUCAACAUGAGUGACCACAACUACACCAUCAGAAAAUAUGAAUGACCACAACUACACCAUCAGAAAACAUGAGUGACCACAGCUACACCAUCAGAAAACAUGAGUGACCACAACUACACCAUCAGAAAACAUGAGUGACCACAACUACACCAUCAGAAAACAUGAGUGACCACAACUACACCAUCAACAUGAGUGACCACAACUACACCAUCAACAUGAGUGACCACAACUACACCAUCAGAAAACGUUACCACAGCUCCAUCAGCAUGAUCUGAGGUCUAACUAAAUGUGAACAGAUGACCCAAUGACUGAAUAUAGCAACACAAAAAAGCUAAACGUAUACUAGCAGACCUUAAGCCUGUGAAUAUUAGGUGUACCUGUGAAAAUGAUCUUACACAGAUGUGUGUACACCUUCUGUAUCUCAAAUGUGCAUGUUUAAAGAGCGUCUGUUAUUUUAAAUUAAACAACAUUCAUUGUUAUA